AUGUCCGAGAGGGAUAGAGACCUCAAAACUGUGAUAAUCAAUAUGACACAUCAGUUUGAGGGAUUGGAUUGGUAUGCUAUCGACAAUUUCUCCACGCUGCCUGCACUAUUAUCAUCACAUUACAGCCUGCUGUUGAAUUUUAUUUUAGUGCUUUCGCCUUGCAAUUUGCAAUUCGUGAUACGAUAUUCGUGCCAGGUGCCAGCUAGAAGUAUGAGUGAAAAGGGGAAGGUAAAUGUUGACAAAACAUGUGGAGGCGAUGAUAAGUAUGCUGUUGUUCAAUUCAAAGAAAACGAUAAAUUGGGAGAUGUAUCAGUUAUUCCUACAAAUUGGUUGGUGGAUGAACAUCUAUGUUGGUGGCCAACCAAUUCCAGAAUUACGAGGACCCUCAUUAUCAAACGUAGCCUUCCCAAUAGUGAUUGGAGUCAAUAUGAUUGUAACAUUCACAAUCUUUAUGAUUCCUACGCCAAUGCUCUUGAACACGAAAAAAAAUUAGCAGCCACAUCAGAAUCUGAAGGGGAGCAACGACCUGGAAAACGAAAGGUUAAACAAAAGAAAACUGCAGAUUAUGAAAGUAUUGUCCAUCCACCUUCUGUCUACUCUGACUUGUCAGAUGAUGACAGCUCUGCUAAGGAAGGAAGUCUUGGCGAUUCAGGAUGUGAAAAUUUGGGUAAUAUUGAAGUCACUCAAUCCACUGAAGAUGAACUCAGGAAAAGUGAAAUUUCUGGCAAAUGUUCAUUUGUGAAUUGUGGUACAGAAGAUAUCCCUCUCAUAGAGCAUCUGGAUGAUACUGCAGACGUAACAGUAGUAGAAAAUCUACCAGUUGUGGUUUCGGCAAACCACAUAUCUGACAUUAUGGAAAUGAUUGCUGACAUCAGGAGCAUAUGUCAAAUUACAUUGAAUAAAGUAAAUUCAAUAGUGGAGCAUUCACUACAACGUCAAAUAAACAUUGAUUCCACUGAUGAUGCCAUCAAAGAGUAUUUGCCACUGAAAACAAUGGACAACUUACUUAAUCUGGAAGAUCUCCUAAAAAACAACAAAACUGCUGCUGCUCAAUUGAUGAACAAACUGGUACUUGUUGGAGGAUCAGAUUAUAAAAAUUUGAUUAGGAGGUGCCUUCAACAAAUCAUUGAAGAUGAGCUUGCCCAGUAUUGUUCCUGGACGGGACAAAAACAAAAUUUCAGAAUUUCUGAUUUAAAGAUUAUGGACAUACUCAAACAAUCUGUAAAAGAGGUAUUCAAGGCAACUACUGACAAAGAGUUUGAACUUAUUGUGAUGGAAUGGAUGAGAUUUGCCAAACAGAGGCUAAAGAGGAAGGAGUAGUAACGAUCAAAGGCUGAAGGGGAAAGAAUACAGAGGCUAAAGAGAACUAUUAUGUGAUGAAUUUGUUUCUUUUUUUUAUGGAAUAUUUGUUUAUUUUUUUAUAGAAUAUUUCUUUAAUUUUUUAUGGAAUAUUUGUUUAUUUUUUUAUAGAAUAUUUCUUUAAUUUUUUAUGGAAUAUUUGUUUAUUUUGUUAUGAAAUAUUUGUUAAUUUUUUUUUUGAGUUCCAAUAUAUAUUUAUUUAUGCAGAGGAA